CGUCGGUCGUUGAAGUACGUGACUCGACGGCCACGCACGCUGCCUCGCGGUGCCAGUCGUGGUGUGGUCUGGCCUCACCGCGUGCGCCACUGACAACCACUCCUGUACUGCUGAGACGAGGAGCCAAGCCGUCUCGAGUACACUCGCUUUGACUUCAGCGCUGCGUUCAUCGCUUCGAUGUGCCACCGGCAGCUGAGUAUUCCAGUACCGGACCACCGAAUCAACUCGGGACCCUAGAAGUGCGCGAGAAAAAAAAAAUAUUUUGUUUCUUGUGCUUCGGUGAACGGUGGGUGUUUUUUCCUCGCGGUGUUGGGAAACUGUGCACCACUCCCUUGGGAUUACCGCAUCGGCUGCGACGGAGCGUCGACUGCCACCUUGGAAAGCCCGUGCCGCAAGACGACGUCACGUUUGUUGAAGUCAAGGAGAGUCUUGAUGACACUGUCCCGGCGUCCUUCAUUCGUGCUGGUGUCUGCCCAUCUUGAAUAAAAGACGAACAUUCCAGCUGGCAGCAGCACAUUCGAGAGCCACACUCUAGGCCCUAGCCGCGGAGGGUUCAGCGAGCAAGCCAUGGGUCUGAGUCCAUUCCUAGAAGGAGACGCCGGAGGGCGACAGCUGUGUCGACUAGCAGCCGUGAGGUCUUCCGUCGCCUGAGUCCCCGCGCCGGCUGGAACAAGACGAAGCCUUCAGCGUCCUCAGGCGCUCGGCCUCGUUCCACUGCCACCAUCUGCGGGCCUUAUUCCCACAGGGGGCUCCUACUUUUUCCGAGCCUAACUCCAAAGAGACAACGAGAUGCGUUUCUUCAAGCGACGCUCUCCGGAACCUCCCGAACUGGUGCGCCUGUGUCGGCUGCCUCCGGAAGAAGCUUUCCACCACCACAGCCACAACGUUGGGCGAGUGGAAGGAGGGCAACCGGCGGCGUUCGCGAUGACAGCGCCGCUUGUUCACCGCGCGGCGGUUUCGAGAAGCGCCAGCCCGACGGCGACUCUCGUGCGGCUCCGGCAGCAGCGGCGAGGAGAGUGCUUCUGCGGCUCGGCCAAAGAGGCGAUGGCGCUCAGUUCGGAAACGCGUGGUGCCGGCGGUCCCGUGGAUGUUGUUUCGUCGACGGUGCCGCGUUGCUGCUUCGUCGAGGCGACCGGCGCGGCCAGGACUGCGACGCCGCCCGGAUCGGCUAAGCUGAAGAGGGCAGGGUUCGCCUUCAGCCGCGUGGGCCGCAAGACCUGCGUGGGCCCGCACAAGUACUCGCUGCCCCCAACGCCGAUCUCGCUGUCCGAUGAGCGUCCGAGCCUGGUCGAGUGGCCGCAGCGACUGGCCACGUUCGCCCAGCCGCUCAGACUGCCCGUGACGGACCUGCUGUCGUCGCGGGAGGCUUCGAGGAGCGUUGAGUGUCUCCAGGAUAGACGAGACGGCGGUUUUUACCAGGAGUGCACGCAGAAUGCGACCCCACGCCAGCAGCGAUCUCCGCACGAGCGCUCUUUGGGCCCUGUGGUCCGCAAGACGUCUUCCCGCAUGUACCGCAGCCGUUCCACUUCAGCUCUGGUCAUCGAAGCCUCGCUACACGACGCGGACGUGAUGGACCACGAUGAGCUGGACACUGCUGUGCUGGCUGUGGCCCAUUCGGGUGGCCGAUACAGUCGCGACUGCUUCGACGAGGCGGCAGUCAUCGAUGGGGUGUCUGGCUGCAAGGACCUUCCUUGCUCCGAGGAGGCUGGAAGUACCAGCAGUGGUAGCAGCACGACCAGUGGUGGUGGUCCGCCCACCCCGCCGCUCGAGGAAGACGUCGGCGCUCACGGUGCCGGCGACACGGCCAGUCUGGCGAGCUCCACGCAGCACCGCUCGGACGAGUCCGGCUACGAGAGCGACGGCACCAAGAACGGCGGGGAAGACAGCCCCAACGAAGAAGCGCUCGCUACGGCCACUGCAGCCGCCGCUGGUACUGCACCGGCGCCGCACUACCAGCAGCAUGCACAGAGGCGAAUGACUCAGGCCAACGGGACCGUGCAGUCUCCACGCAUCGUCGGCACCGAGCCCGCGAGUCACCCCUUGAAAACUGACGUCACAUCCACGACCCCCCGCUCAGCGUCGGCGGCGGCGGCGACCACCGCGACCACAACGACGCCGUCCACGGCACCGUCUCAGCGCCGCGCAUCGUCCCAGGAAGGCUCCAACGUACAGCGAAUCGCAGCCGCGCUUCUGCACAGAAUCUCCCUACAGUCUCCAAGUUCUGCAUUCAAGGACUCCAGGCAGGACAAGUCCAGGCUUGAGUCUUCGAAGCAGGACCACAACGUAACGCCGUACGACUGCAAGAGCCUGCGCUGCAAGACGCAAUCCCUGUUCUCCGUCCUCCGGUGGGGUGACAACUCGCAGAACGCAACCACGCCAAACAAUAGCAGUAAUACCAGUAGCAGCAGCUGUGGCAGCCGAGAAGCCCCCGAGUCCAGCCCACGCUCAGAAAGGUCCACGCCUACAAACACCGGCAGCUCCAAGCUGGAGCAGUUUCGGGCCUGGACACUAGACCGCAAGCUGCUGCGCAACCGCUGGAAGAAGUCUUCGUCGACGUCCUCAGAAGGUCGCAGCUGUACAUCGUUCGAGUCACCCGUACUGUCCAGGGCGGGCUCGCAAGAACCGCCGUCGCACGACGUAGUGGACAAUGCUCACUUGCAGGCGACGGCGCUCAAGAGCGCAUCGUCGUGGACUAGCGUGUGCGUUGGCAACAACGAUGUAGCGAAGGACAGCGCCAAGGAAUGCCGGCUGGGUCGCGCGAGCCUCGGAGAUCUGGGGUGCCGCAGUGUCGGGGAUGUGUCUGGUGCCGGAGACCUGGGACCGCGCACGUCGAGCAGCAAUGACCUGCGGCGGCGUCUGUGGCUAGAGGCGCAUCUGGAAGGGGUUUCUACACGGCAGCAUCGAGUGAGUGACGCUUCUGUGCGUAGCGCGCCCGACGGGGCGCGGGUGUUGGCUGUGCGCUUGGCUAAGGACUCGAGGGGAGAGCUGGGCGUGUACAUCAAGGGCAAGUGCGCUCCCGACGGCACAGUGCUCGGCUACGUAGUCGCCGACUUGGAGCAGGACGGACCAGCAGCCAGGAGCGGGCAGCUCCGUAAGGGCGACGAGCUCUUGGUCAUCAACGGUCAUCAGGUCCAAGGCGUGGAAAUCGAGGAGGCACGUCAGCUCCUUGCCACACCAGACCAGGUGGUGCACCUGUUAGUUGCCCGUCAGGAGGAAGGUGAAGAAGAUUACAGCGAAGUCCCGCUGGCAUCGUCGCCCAACGGAACCUCCCGACUCGCCGAGCCCCACCGAGCUCCAGCCGAGCGGAGGGCCAGCAUCUCCCACCCCGGCGCGGCCGCCAACUACAACACCAUUCCAGAGGUCUCUGAAGAGGGCGAGAAAGAAAGUCAGGCAACACAGCAGUACAGCAGCGGUGUGCUGUGCACACUGCCUCGCCGGCCCCGUCACCGGGACACCGGCUCAGUGGGCAGCGCAUCAGGCGUCUCGAGCAGCAGCGAACUGCUCACUGUCACUUUCGUGAAAGGCCCUGGCCGAGGCGCCCUGGGCUUCAGCGUUGUAGGUGGCCGUGACUCGCCUCGCGGGGCCUUGGGCAUCUAUGUUCGGCGCAUCUUCCCCGGAGGCCAGGCUGAGGGUCUGCUCCGUGAGGGUGACCAGCUGCUUUCACUCAACGGCGAGCCUUUCGAGGGCCUUUCACACGCCGAAGCCAUCGCCGCUUUCAAGCGCGUCCGCCAGGGCGAGCUUGUGCUCAGGGUGGCUCGUCGGCCCCCAAAGAAUUCACAAGUGUCCAAGUCCUGUUGUAACCUGGAUAGCAUGACAUAGAGAAGACACAAGGUUUUUAGAGCAUUAACCAGAGUCUCACAACAUCUAGUCUGCCUGGACAGUUGCAUCUGUGAUACCAUGUGUGAAUGAGUACAGCCCUAUUCAUCAUCUCCCAGCUUCAAGAAAGUUUUGUACAAUAGCUUCCCAUUAUCAGUUUGUGUGCCUCACAAUACCAGUGUGUGCUGCUGCUACUAUUGUGCUUGCAAACUGAUACUAUAUUAAAGUUAAUUAGUUGCCACCCUGAA